ACCUUCUUCCGAGGCAGCGGCGGCAGCAGCCAGGGAGGCCGGGGCUGCGCGCGGGCCGGGGGCGGGGGCUGGGGCCGGGCCCGGGGCUGCGGGGCCGGCGCCUUCGCUCUCCUCCUGCUCCUGCAGCAGCCUCUGCUCCCACUGCGGCUGCGGCCCCCCUCGGCGCAGCUCUCCGCGCUGCGCGCCCGCUGAGCCCGAGGUUCCCCGGCCCAUGUACUGGAAGCAUGAGAACGCCGCCCCGGCGCUGCCCGAGGGCUGCCGGCUGCCGGCCGAGGGCGGCCCCGCCACCGACCAGGUGAUGGCCCAGCCAGGGUCCGGCUGCAAAGCGACCACCCGCUGUCUUGAAGGGACCGCGCCGUCCGCCAUGGCUCAGUCUGACGCCGAAGCCCUGGCAGGAGCUCUGGACAAGGACGAGGGUCAGGCCUCCCCAUGUACGCCCAGCACACCAUCUGUCUGCUCACCGCCCUCUGCCGCCUCCUCCGUGCCGUCUGCAGGCAAGAACAUCUGCUCCAGCUGCGGCCUCGAGAUCCUGGACCGGUAUCUGCUCAAGGUCAACAACCUCAUCUGGCACGUGCGGUGCCUCGAGUGCUCCGUGUGUCGCACGUCGCUGAGGCAGCAGAACAGCUGCUACAUCAAGAACAAGGAGAUCUUCUGCAAGAUGGACUACUUCAGCCGAUUCGGGACCAAGUGCGCCCGGUGCGGCCGACAGAUCUACGCCAGCGACUGGGUGCGGAGAGCUCGCGGCAACGCCUACCACCUGGCCUGCUUCGCCUGCUUCUCGUGCAAGCGCCAGCUGUCCACUGGUGAGGAGUUCGGCCUGGUCGAGGAGAAGGUGCUCUGCCGCAUCCACUACGACACCAUGAUUGAGAACCUCAAGAGGGCCGCCGAGAACGGGAACGGCCUCACGUUGGAGGGGGCAGUGCCCUCGGAACAGGACAGUCAACCCAAGCCGGCCAAGCGCGCGCGGACGUCCUUCACCGCGGAACAGCUGCAGGUUAUGCAGGCGCAGUUCGCGCAGGACAACAACCCCGACGCUCAGACGCUGCAAAAGCUGGCGGACAUGACGGGCCUCAGCCGGAGAGUCAUCCAGGUGUGGUUUCAAAACUGCCGGGCGCGUCAUAAAAAGCACACGCCGCAACACCCAGUGCCGCCCUCAGGGGCGCCCCCGUCCCGCCUUCCCUCCGCCCUGUCCGACGACAUCCACUACACCCCGUUCAGCAGCCCCGAGCGGGCGCGCAUGGUCACCCUGCACGGCUACAUUGAGAGUCAGGUACAGUGCGGGCAGGUGCACUGCCGGCUGCCUUACACCGCACCCCCCGUCCACCUCAAAGCCGAUAUGGAUGGGCCGCUCUCCAACCGGGGUGAGAAGGUCAUCCUUUUUCAGUACUAACGCUGCCGGCACUUCCGCAUCUGCCCGUGGGCGCCCCACAGCUGCCCCUCAGCCGCUGAGAUCCAGUGUCCAAGCUGCGGCCAGGAAUCCACCCACCUCCGCAUCCACCCCCGUCCGCUAUCCUGCCCACCACCAGGUCGGUUCCCGAGGCCUGGCCUUUCCCUCUCCUGCUGAGAACCAGAACCCACCAGGAGCACCACAGAGUCCUCCUCUUGGAAAGCAGAACUCCCUGAAAUCUGGAAUCAGGGUGGAAACAGCCUGUUUUUCCCAUUUAAACAGGAGUCCUCUUCAACUUCAGCUGAUUACAAUAGCAAAAGGCGGAAUUGAAUUGUGCGACGCCAACGGCCUUCUAAUUUACAGGUUUUUUCCCCCACAUUGGCCUUUAUUUACUACUUCCUUGGAACCAUCUCUGAAUUCUGAAUAGCUGACAACCCCCAAUGUUAUCCACUCUGUUGCUUUUGUCUGGAAAACUCUACAGUGUUUGUGGGAUGUCCCCAAAGGAAAGCUAUGUUCUAAUUUUAUCAUUUCCAUCUGUCUGGUUAUGUCAAGUUAAUUCAGAAAGAGAAGAGACAGUGACCAACCCUGAGAGGCCUAAUAGGGCAGAGAUGGAGGCCUGCCCAGACUAGGAGGCAGGGGGGAUAGACAGGGAAUGGGGAGAAGAAAGACCCCUAUUGGUUUGGAAAUCAAGGAGAGGGCAGUGACAUAUUGGACCAGAAGAGGCACUAGCCAUUUUAAGGAGAGGAAAGAGAAAACUUUGGGGUCAGGGAGAGACCCUACGCCCACCUAAUUAUCCGGCAUAUAUGUAGGAAACAUAGCAGCGAUGGUAUUCGAUCUGUGCCAUGACUCUUCUGAAUGUUUGGACAGGUUAGAGUUGGGGACCCCUGUUGGCCACUUGUUGACCUCUCAUAGCGGUGCUUGGGCCAGGUCUUCUCAAUGGAAGGGGGAUCCCUUAUAGGGGAGAGGGAACAGGGCCCAGUGAAACGGCAGUCAGAAUGUUAACCCUGGAUCCAUCUCUAAGUAGAGAGAGGGUGCCCAUUGCCUAGGUGAGUGUGCCAAGCUGAGGAUUCCAAUUGGCGCCUCUGAGCUUCCCCACCAAUACUUCCUGGAGCCAGCCCCACCCACCCCUGAGAACAGAGGCCAGACACAGCUGCGUAACAUCUAUCCUGCUACAACUCUUCCACCCCAAACAAAAGGGCUCAGGCUACACAUGACCAUGAUUUAUGUUUUCAGGGGAUGCCCAUUUGUCCCAAGCUUAUCCUGUAAUUCUAGAACUACCUGGUGUCCUGAUGCAUUUUCCACUAGAGGUUGCUAAUCAGCAUGUUUUAGCCCAAGUCCGCCUUCCUGCUGUGGUUAACCUGUUAUGUUGCUUUUGGAAGGAGACUCUAAGACAGGGAAAGCAAGUUCAUGGUACAUACGCAGCCAUUGUCGCUGUUUUUACCCAUGGCAGACAUUGCUAAUCAAUGGCAGCUUUAUCUCACCGAGUCUGGAUAAGGCUUCAGAGUUCAAAUGCUUGAAGUUGGCACUUAAAAUGAAAGCCUAUAGCUCAUUCUUGCUCUGGGAUCUACAGGCGGGGUAGGCACAGGUGCAGCCUAAGAAGGGAACCUGCUUCCUCUCCCUUCCAAAGACGGUGACGGCUGAGUGAGGGCGAAGAGCAGGCACCACUCAGAACGUGGUGAGUACAGCUCAGCUCAGCACUCAGUCAUUGGGAGCUUGUGCCCAGCCUUUGCUAGGCGCUGACAUUAACAGGAGCAACCAGGGCCCAAUCCCUGGCCUUGGGGAGCUCAAAUCUUUCCUUUGAUUUUUGAUCCUGAUCAUCAAGGCCCCAGUGGCAACCAUGUGGUAAGUGGCCAACCAAGCCCUGCCCAGGGUCACCCAACACACUCUGCCUUGAGCCUCUCCUCAGGGUCUAUUCCUUGCGUGGAUUAUGUGGCCGUAGCAUGUUACAGUUCAAACAUGUCUCCACUACCCUGUUAAGAGCAGCCUGGGAACGUACAGGCCAUCAAGACUAUUUAUUUAAAUACAAAAAAAGGGGGAAAACACACACACGGAAAAAAAAUUGUAAGCACUUUUUUUGUAAAACCAAUGUCUGUUUUGUUACAUACCUUUCAUGUUGUGCUUUGUAAAUGUCUUAUUUGUGUAAUAAAGUUAAUGCAAGUAGAAGUGCUGGCACUGAAACCCAGAACA